UUUUUAUUCACAACAACCAUCUAUUAAAUCACUUGAUUAUACACUUAUUACAUCAUUAUCAAUUGAUGAAAUAAAUAAAAAAAUUAAUUUAAUUGAAAAUUUAUCUUUAACAACAACAACAGUUGAUUUAGUUAUUGUUAAUAAAAUUGAAACUAAUACAUAUGAUUGGGAAAAAUUAUUUUCUAUAUGUAAAUUAAAUGGUUUUAUACUUUUUUCAUCAGAUAUUAUCAUACCUAGAGAACAAUUACAAAUUAAUAAUUUUAUUCAAAUAGUAACAAGAAAAAAUUAUCAAUUAUGGAAAAAAUUAUCGAACGAAAAUCUUACAGAUAUUAUUGUUAAUAUAGAUAAUAAGAAUUUUCAAUGGAUUGAACAAAUUAAAACAUUAUUAUUGAAUUCUUCAUCACAACGUAUUUGGCUUAUAUCUAAUCAAAUAGAUAAUGGUAUUAUUGGAUUUUUUAAUUGUUUAAGACGUGAACCAGGUGGACAAUCACUUCGAUGUAUUCAUAUUCAAGAUUCUGAAUAUAUUCUCAAUGAAAACAUAUUAAAUAUAUUAAAAACAAGAGAUUUAGCUGUUAAUAUCUAUCAAAAUGGUGUAUGGGGAUCGUAUAUUCAUCAACAUUUACAAACAUCGAAAGAUUCAGCAUGGACUGAAACAGAUAAUGCUCAUGUUAAUGUAUUAAAUCGUGGUGAUUUAUCAUCACUUACAUGGUUACAAUCGCCUAUAAUAACGACUAACAAUAUAAAUGAUCCUAAUUCUGAUACAUGUACUGUACAUUAUGCAUCACUUAAUUUUCGAGAUAUUAUGUUAGCUACAGGAAAAUUAAGUUCGGAAGCAAUACCAGGUUACUUAAAAAUGCAAGGUUGUUUAUUGGGUCUUGAAUUUUCUGGUUUGGAUUCAUCUGGUCAACGAAUUAUGGGUCUUUUAUCAGCUAAAGGUCUUGCUACAAAAGUUGCAAUUGAUAAACGUUAUUCAUGGUAUGUACCUGAUAAUUGGACACUUGAACAAGCAGCAACAAUUCCAGUUGUUUAUUCAACAGCAUAUUAUGCACUUGUUGUACGUGGUCGAUUGAAACGUGGU